ACCAAAACAAUAGGAGCUAGCUCCAAAACCCCAAAAUUAAACACCCCCAAAUUAUUAAGAUGACUGGUUCUGGUUCUCCCUGUGGAGCCUGCAAAUUCUUGAGAAGGAAAUGUGUGAGAGGCUGUGUUUUUGCACCUUACUUUUGCCACGAACAAGGUGCAUCUCAUUUUGCGGCCAUUCAUAAGGUUUUUGGUGCAAGCAACGUCUCUAAGCUUCUGGCUCACCUCCCUGUAAGUGACCGCUGUGAAGCUGCAGUGACCAUCUCAUAUGAAGCUCAAGCUAGAGUUCAGGAUCCUAUUUAUGGCUGCGUUUCCCAUAUCUUCGCCCUCCAACAACAAGUGGUUAAUUUACAAGCUCAGCUGGCUUAUCUGAGGGAGCAAGCAGCUCAGAGCCAUAUUGUGAAUGCCUCUGUCACUGAAAACCCUAAUAAACCUACUGCUUUCACCGAUCAUGAUCUUCAAAAGUGGUUCCCGACCGAGGAUCCCACCAACACUGGGACUCAAUUUCUUCCCAGCUCGUCUGACAUCAAUUCCCUUGCAACACAGUACUACGGGAAUUACACUACUCCUUUCGUGGAUCCAAACCCUAUUGGGAGUUCAGGAACCAUUGAAGAAAGUGCUUCAUUUUCGAGCUUUCAUGAGGAAACCAACUGUAACUCCAUGUCCUUAGACAUGCAAGCAAGCAGUAGGCAGUGGAGCUUUCGUGAAGUGGACGACCUUCAGUCAGUGGCUUUUGGUUACAGUGGAUGAUGACCAUCAGCUUCAUGAAAAAUUAAUGGUGAACGACACUCAAUUUUGAAUGUUAUAGCUUCUGCAUAUAUAUUGUGAAGCACAUAUAUGCAUUAGCCCUCCUUCUGUGUUGCCAUAUAUAGAUAAGCUAGGAAGCCUAGGAAAUUUCGUAUAUCUUUGGAAUGUUGGAGAUCCACCCCUAGUUAACCUUGCUAUGUUGAUAUUAAUUAGUAAUGUAAUUCUUACGGGCAACUAGAAAGCUCUGGUUUUAAAUUCUUUCAGCUAAAUUGGCUUUUUAAAUGGACCUAUAGCAAUAAUCUUAAAUUUUAGCCUGAUGAAUACAGUCACCUAGUUGAUUUUCUCAUACACUUUACCUUUCUGAUAUGCACACGAGAACUUUGGAUUGACAUUAGACCCCUGAACAAAGUAAGCAUGAUUAUCCCUUAGUAAAUUAUUUAACAAAAACAUAUGUGGAGCAAAGUUGCUCUUUCUUUUUCCUGUAAAAUAAGUAGUCCCUGAUUAUCUAUAAGGCAAAAGGCACUUACAGAAAGAGCGUCAGAUGUCUACUUGGUUGACUGAAUUGGU